CGGGUCACGGCGCCAAUAACUAUGACGUUACAUUGUGUUUACCGUUGGUGUGUAUUGACUUGUUUGACUAAUUAACUUCGUGUAAGGGUAUAUAAAGCAUGUACAACUAUCCUUAUUGGGAUAUCAAGGUAAUUUAAGAUCAGUAUGGAUGAUGAAGGUUUCUUGGAAUGUACUCAAGCUCUACCAGAUGACUGGGAUGCUGACAGUGAUGGUGAACCACAUGAGCAGCCAGAAUUGGUGGCAUGGCUUCUUGUGGGUGAUACAAAGUAUGAAGUGUAUGAAGGAGAAACUAAAAUUGGUAGGGAUUCUGCUUCAUGUGCAAUUGUUCUUUCACAAAAGGUCUUAUCUAAGGAGCAUGCAGCUCUUGAAGUUACAUCUGGUGUCCACACCUUAGUAGAUCUUGGAAGUAUGAACAAAACUAGGAUAGGGAAGAUGUGUAUUCUCAAGUAUCUUGCAGACAAAAGGAGCAGAAUAACUAAAAUUAAUUGUUCCUUUGACCCAAUGGUAAAUAGUAACUGUCUUCCCAUUGCUUCACAUAUCCAUGUCAGAACUACAAUUAAGAAGUUCCUCAGCUCUGCUUCAGCAUAUAGAAUCAAGUUGCCAUGA